AUGCAUGCAAGGUGGUCGGCUUAUAUAGAAAAUUUUCCUUAUAAGUUGAUGCAUCAAUCCGGUAGUACUAAUACGGUGGCAAAUGCUCUCAGUAGGCAUGUCUCGUUAUUGGCAGCAUUACGUACGGAAAUUAAUGGAUUUGAUUGUGUCAAAGAACAAUUUUUGAGUGAUCCUGAUUUUUUGACAUUUGGGGGAAGUGCCGGCAAUCAGUUAUGUAUUCCGGUUGGAUCGUUGCGAGAGAAAUUAAUUCGUGAUUUGCAUGGAGGGAGCUUGGCAGGUCACUUGGGUGUUGAUAAGACAUUGUCGGCAAUGCAGGAUCGUUAUUUUUGGCCACGACAGAAAUGA